AUGGCAUACCGCCUAACAAGGCUGAAGACCAGACAGACUUAUUCGUGUGUUGGCAACCCACUGUUGGAUCAAAAACUACACUACCAAACCUACAAAGAAAUGAGCAUGACGUCAGAUGGUUGUUCAACUGAGAGUCACAUCCAGGUUGGACAGUUUGUAUUGGUUGAAGGGGAUGAUGAUGAAAAUCCAUAUGUUGCUAAAUUGAUUGAGCUGUUUGAAGAUGAUUCUGAACCUCAUUUCAAGAAACGUGCUCGAGUACAGUGGUUUAUCCGAUUCUGUGAAAUCCCUGUUGGUAGACAGCGUUUGCUGGGUCGAAAGCCUGAUGCACAGGAGAUAUUCUGGUAUGAUUACCCUGCCUGUGACAGCAACAUUGAUGCUGAGACCAUCAUUGGCCCUGUGCGGGUAGUAGCUUUAGCCCCAGAUGAAAUGUUACCUAUGGAUCUGAAAAAUGAGAAGACGCUCUUUGUGAAACUGUCUUGGAAUGAGAAGAACUUCAGACCACUAUCCCCAGAACUAUUUGCAGAGUUGGAUAAGCUACAGGAAGGCAGUCCUAGAUGCUGGAAGCCCGUGGAAGCCAAGACUAACAGCAUAGAAAGCCCUUCUUGGACCACAGCGGAGCGUAUGGUCAGAAGGAUUGAAUCAAGGCACUCCACCUCCAAAUCUCACCAAACUCCUACCCAUCCUGUUACCCCAAGGGCAAGGAAGAGGCUAGAGCUUGGCAGAUUCCCUAUGAUACUUAACACUGGGAUUUCCCAGCAGACUUCCUGGGCCUCUUUGGAUUCUCCCAGGAGAAUUAAACGGAAAGUGGCCUCAAAGAUCACUUCACCUUCUAAGAGGUCUCAUCCUGAUGUACUUCAAACCUCAUCUCCAGGACUGAAAGCCCCAGAGGAAACUGGGGAGCUUAGACGCUCUUGUGCUGAGGACAAGAAGGCUUCACAUGAAUGUCACAUGACCUUGAGAACCCGAGUCCCAGCUUUGAAAACCAGAGAAAUCAGUGAGAAAAUAACACUUGAGCCUUCCAGCGGGGGAAAGAGGUCGUCGGUGGUGCCCUCUGUGGUUCUGAAACCAGAAAAGAUUAAAAAGAGGGAGACAAAACCACCAGAAGCUCAGGAUGAAGCUACCUCCACUCCUCAUCGGAUCCGAAGAAAGAGUUCUCAAUUGACUUUGAAUCGGAUUAGGCAGCAACUGCGGUUUUUAGGUGAUAGUAAAAAUGACAAGGAAGAGGAGGAGUUUCUGCCGGCAGCGGAGAUUUCAGACUCUGAUAGUGAGAAGGAAGAGGCUUCGACACCACCCCUUCCGAGGAGAACACCCAGGAACCUACACUCUUCCACGAAGUCAUCCUUACAGACCCUCUCUAAGACACCAAAAAAAAUCCCCAAACCUAGAAUGCCACAUUCUGCUACUCCCCAGAUCCGCAGCCGAAACCUGGCUGCCCAGGAGCCGGCUAGUGUGCUAGAGGAGGCCCGGCUAAGUCUGCAUGUUUCUGCUGUUCCUGACUCUCUUCCCUGCCGGGAAAAGGAAUUCCAAGAUAUCUACAACUUUGUGGAAAGCAAACUCCUUGACCGUACUGGAGGGUGCAUGUAUAUCUCCGGGGUGCCUGGGACGGGGAAGACAGCCACUGUGCAUGAGGUGAUGCACUCCCUGCAGCAGGCAGCCCAAGCAAAGGAUGUUCCUCCCUUUCAAUACAUAGAAGUCAAUGGCAUGAAGCUGACGGAGCCCCACCAAGUCUAUGUGCAAAUCUUGCAGAAGAUGACAGGCCAAAAGGCAACAGCUAACCAUGCAGUAGAACUGCUGGCAAAGCGAUUUUGCACCCAAGGACCCUCUCAGGAAACCACUGUGCUGCUUGUGGAUGAGCUUGAUCUUCUGUGGACUCAGAAACAAGACAUAAUGUACAAUCUCUUUGACUGGCCCACUCACAAGGAGGCCCGGCUAGUGGUCCUGACCAUUGCCAACACCAUGGACCUGCCAGAGCGCAUCAUGAUGAACCGGGUGUCCAGCCGCCUGGGUCUCACCAGGAUGUGCUUCCAGCCUUACACUUACAGGCAGCUGCAGCAGAUCCUAGUGUCCCGACUCACACAUUUAAAGGCCUUUGAGGACGAUGCCAUCCAGUUGGUGGCCAGGAAGGUGGCAGCCCUCUCUGGAGAUGCACGACGCUGCCUGGACAUUUGUAGGCGCGCCACAGAGAUCUGCGAGUUCUCCUGCCAGAAGCCUGACUCCCCUGGCCUGGUCACGGUAGCCCACUUACUGGAAGCAGUGGAUGAGAUGUUUUCCUCGCCGUACAUUACUGCCAUCAAAAAUUCCUCUGUUAUGGAACAGAGCUUCCUGAGAGCCAUUCUUGCAGAAUUCCGUCGAUCAGGACUGGAGGAAGCAACAUUUCAACAGGUGUAUAGGCAACAUGUAGACCUGUGCAGGAUGGAGGGCCUCCCGUACCCCACCAUGUCAGAGACCAUGGCAGUGUGCUCUCACCUGGGCUCCUGCCGCCUCCUCCUUGUGGAGCCCAGCAGGAAUGACCUGCUCCUUCGCGUGCGACUCAACAUUAGCCAGGGCGAUGUGCUAUAUGCCCUGAAGGAAGAGUGA